AUGACCAGCGGGAUUUUCUUCGGCGCUGGGGAAGACUUGGAGGUGAUUACUGCCGCCGACAUGCACAGCUACGCCCGCUCGCAUGGAGGCGAGGGGGCUCUCUCACCUGAGACUAAACAAACUCCGGCUGCUGAACGGGAGAAAACGGAGUUAAUCCUGACUCAGCUGCAAGACAACAUUGUGAGAAUGCUGGUGGACAAAAUAAAUGAGUCAGAGAGGAACCAGAGGAGAUGGAUCCUGAGGCUGUACGGCCUGAAAGAACACGAAGGAGAAACCCUCAAACAACGUGUGAUGGAAAUCUGCCGAGCCAUCGCUCCAGACCUGGGCGACCACCUGCAGCUUCACAUUGACAUUACUCAAAGGAUCGGACGGAGAGACGGAGAGAGAUUUAAGCCUAAGGGAAAGAAGGCUAAGGGGAAGAAGGUGGCACCUGCCCCUUCUGUGGCCAAGAAACAUGAGGCCAAAAAAGUAGUCAACCCCCUGUUUGAGAAGAGGCCAAAGAAUUUUGCCAUCGGCCAGGAUAUUCAGCCCAAGCGUGAUUUGACACGCUUUGUGAAAUGGCCUCGUUAUAUCCGCCUGCAGAGGCAGCGCUCCAUCCUCUACAAGCGUCUGAAGGUUCCUCCUGCAAUUAACCAGUUCACCCAGGCUCUGGACCGCCAGACUGCCACACAGCUGUUCAAGCUGGCCCACAAGUACAGGCCAGAGACCAAGCAGGAGAAGAAGCAGAGGCUGCUGGCCCGCGCUGAGCAGAAGGCAGCUGGAAAGGGAGAUACCCCAACCAAGAGGCCCCCUGUUCUCCGUGCAGGUGUGAACACUGUCACCUCUCUGGUAGAGAGCAAGAAGGCCCAGCUGGUCAUCAUUGCCCACGAUGUGGAUCCAAUUGAGCUUGUCGUCUUCCUGCCAGCUCUGUGCCGCAAGAUGGGUGUCCCAUACUGCAUCGUCAAGGGCAAGGCUAGACUGGGCCGACUGGUGCACAGGAAGACGUGCACUUCAGUUGCCUUCACACAGACAAACCCUGAGGACAAAGGUGCACUUGCAAAGCUUGUGGAAGCCAUCAAGACCAACUACAAUGACAGAUAUGAGGAGAUCCGUCGUCACUGGGGAGGAGGCAUCAUGGGCCCUAAAUCCACAGCCCGCAUCAACAAGCUGGAGAAGGCAAAGGCCAAGGAACUGGCGACCAAGCUUGGUUAAAUUGUUUGAAAUAAAAAAAAUGUAUGUCCUAAUCGAGCGAGACUGUUGUUAUUGUUACAACUAAAGUAUUUUGGAACCA